AUGGACAUCUAUAAAGAAAAGAUAGAUUCAUUAGUUGAUAGUUUUAAACAAUUAACACGUUCUCAAGUUGAAAUAGUUUAUGGGUUUUUUCAUAAUGAUUUUGAUAAAACAUCAAAGUUUUUAAUGGAAAUAAUUGAUGAUAUUAAAACAUUAAUUCCACUAACGAAUUAUAAAAUUACAUUUGAAUCAGAUAAAAAACAAUUACCAUUUGUUCCUGAGCAAUUGAAGUUUGUUAAAUACAAAAAGUAUCGUUUUAUGACUAUUGAACCAAUUAAAAAAAAUGGUUAUAACCAUUGUAUUGGGUCAGUUUACUUUACUAAGUUUGAAAAGAUGUCUCCUUCAGUGUUUGGGAAUAAACACCAAAAUGAAACAAUGAAUGAAAAAGAUGAGUCAGUUGAAAAGGAUAAUAUAAUACAUUUACUAAAAGUGAUACUGAAGAGGGGAAAAGCAUAA